AUGAGACAGGCAAGGGCGAUUCAAAAGAUCAACCAGGCGGAACUGGACAGUGGGAUCAUAUCUCCUGAGCUUUCGUGGCACGAUGAAUACCGAGAUCAAGCCUACAUCUUCAUCGGCGGAUUAAACAAGAACCUCACGGAAGGGGACAUCUUGACAGUUUUUUCUCAAUUCGGUGUCCCAGUAGACAUUUUGCUGGUAAGGGAUAGAAACAGCGGAGAAUCCAAAGGCUUUGCCUAUUUGAAGUACGAAGAUCAGAGGUCAACAAUACUAGCUGUGGAUAAUAUGAAUGGAGUCAAGAUUGCUGGUAGAAUGGUCCAAGUUGACCAUACACUUUUCGAACCUAAAGCAGACCACACUGUGUAUAAAGAUGCAGUAGACGCUGAGCUGAAAAAGGAUUUCGUGAAGGAAACGGCAGCAUCUACAGAGCCCAAGAUGCACCAGAUUAAAGAGCUAAGUUCUGGUCAGGACAACCAGGUUGAUGAUGACUUGGCGGAUCCGAUGGCUUCCUUUGGCAAGUAG